AUGCAAACAAUUUCUGAAUAAAACUUAAGAAUAGAAUACCAAAGAAAAGUAAAUGAAUGUAUAGAAAGCUUAUACUUAGCAGUGGAGGUAUAAAAAUUAUUAAUAAAUUGAAAUAGUUGUCAUUUAACAAGAUUGAUGCCUAACUUGAUCAAAUUCUAAAUCAUGAAUCAAAUCCUGCAGUAAUAUCUUAAUUAUAAUGUGAUUUAUCAAAAUUCAAUUAGAAUUGUGUAUUUAAAUUGAAAAAUGACAAUUUCUCAACAGAAAUCAAUUAAGAAGUGACUUCUUUAAUCAAAAAUAAUAUUUAACAUCAAAUUUAAUAAUUCACUAAUUCAUAAACUAUUGAGCAAUCAUCAACACUUUCAUCUAUACAAUCAAAUCUUAAACCCUUCAUUUAUUAAUUGGUACCACAAAAUUCAAUUCAAUAAAAUGAAGUUUGUAGAGCAAUUGCUAUUAAUAAAGAUUGUUCAGUAUUGAUUGCUGCAUGUUAAAAAUAAAUUAAAGUUUUUGAAUUCAAAUCAGGUAUGUUGAAAUAAACUUAAAUUUUAAGUUAACACAAUCAUAAUGUUUAUACUCUGAAUUUUAUGAACAAAUCGGAUUAGUUUAUAUCUGGGAGUAGUGAUAAUUUAAUUAUAAUAUGGAUAAAAAAUGAAAAUAAUUAAUGGGUUUGCAAAUAGAAAAUCAAUGGACAUACCAGAUAUAUCAUUUGUUUGGUAUUAAAUAAUAAUGAAGAUCUUAUUGUAUCUGGUAGUUAUGAUUAUACAAUUAAAUUUUGGUAAAAGGAAAAUGAAUGGUUGUGCUCUUAGACAAUCACUGAUCAUACUUCAUAUGUAUAUGGAUUAAGUUUUAAUGAAUAACAAAAUAAAUUGAUAUCUUGUGGAAGUGAUCAACAUAUAUUAGUAAUAGAACAAUCAUAAUUGAAUAAAUAAUGGAUAGUAAUAUAAAAGCUUAAAGUGGAGCAAUAUGGUAAGCGAUUAUGCUUUAUCGAUGACAAUACAUUCACAUUCUAACCUUAUGAUCAAGAGUAAUUACAUGUUUUUGAGAUAGAUAGUACUAAUAAAUAUUAUACAAAGACGAAGCAUAUUUCAGUAAAAGGGGGUUUAGAUAGCUGGCUGUUCCCUUAAUAAUAUGUAAAAUCAAAAUGUAUGCUUUUAAAUAAGAAUGCAUAAAAUGUGAAUUUAAUAAGGAAGACAAUAAAUGGCGAAUUUAUAACCGAGUAAUCUAUUGAGUUUGGAACAAUAGAGAUUUAUGGAUGUAUGUCUGGUGAUGGUUAGUAUUUGAUCACUUGGGAUGAUAAAUCAAAAGAAUAUUAAAUAAGAAAGUAUUAGGAAAAAUGA